AAAAAAAACAGUCCAAAAGUUAAAAAACAUGAAAACUUAGACGCUUUUGUCAUAACAUAACUAACCAGUUGCGGGCUGGAUCUCACCAUCUCACUGAGAGAGAAAGAGAGAGAGAGAGAGAGAGAUGACAAGGCGAUCUGGGGCAUGCUUGAGGUGUUGUUUGGUGGUGUUUGCGGUGAUAUCAGCUUUGGGAGUGUGCGGGCCGGCUCUGUAUUGGAAGUUCAAGAAGGGUAUAAGGCUGGGUAGUUCCAAAGCCUCUUGCCCUCCUUGCAUCUGUGAUUGCCCUCCUCCUCUGUCCCUUCUCAAGAUUGCUCCUGGGCUGGCCAAUCUCUCGGUAACAGAUUGUGGAAGUAAUGAUCCGGACCUCAAGCAGGAGAUGGAGAAGCAGUUUGUGGACCUUCUGACAGAGGAGUUGAAGCUGCAGGUGGCGGUUGCGGAGGAGCACACUCGCCAUAUGAACAUUACCUUUGGUGAAGCUAAAAGGGUGGCUUCUCAGUACCAGAGGGAGGCAGAAAAAUGCAAUGCUGCCACGGAAACCUGUGAGGAGGCCAGAGAGCGGGCUGAGGCAUUAAGGAUCAAGGAGAGAAAGGUGACUUUGUUGUGGGAGCGGCGUGCCCGUCAAAUGGGUUGGGAAGGGGAGUAAUUGUCUGCAGAAUUCGAUUUAUUGUUUUUUAGACCAAGCUGUGAAUUGUUCCACCCUUGGUAUUUAUACAAGCAGGCAAGCAAAAGUGCUUCGAGUUGUCACCUAGUUGAGGCAGAAAUGCUCUCUCUCUCUCUCUCUCUCUCUCUCACAGAUAUCUUGUAUGCAUCAAUCUUUAAACUAUAAACGACAGUGUAAUGGAUCUCUCAGCUCUACAAUUUACUAAUAUAUGCAGAUGUAUUGAUGUGGCAA